GUGUGACGUCACUUCCCGUCGCUGGGCCGCGGAGGCCGCUCGCGUCCGCCAUGCGGGUGGAGAGGUGCUACUUCUGCUCGGGGCCCGUGUACCCCGGCCACGGGAUGACGUUCGUCCGCAACGACUGCAAGGUGUUCAGAUUCUGUAAGUCAAAAUGUCAUAAAAAUUUUAAAAAGAAGCGCAAUCCUCGCAAAGUCAGGUGGACGAAAGCAUUCCGGAAAGCAGCCGGUAAAGAGCUUACAGUGGAUAAUUCAUUUGAAUUUGAAAAACGAAGAAAUGAACCUGUCAAGUACCAGCGAGAACUAUGGAAUAAAACUAUUGAUGCAAUGAAGAGAGUUGAAGAGAUCAAACAGAAACGUCAAGCUAAAUUUAUAAUGAACAGGUUGAAGAAAAAUAAAGAGCUACAGAAAGUUCAGGACAUCAAAGAAGUGAAGCAAAACAUUCACCUUAUCCGGGCCCCUCUUGCAGGCAAAGGAAAGCAGUUGGAAGAAAAAAUGGUACAGAAAUUACAGGAAGAUAUGGACAUGGAAGAUGUUUCUUAAAAAUCUCACUAUUUCUACACCUGCAUCUGAAAAUCUCCCUUGGGGACUUAGAACUUCUGGAUUAGUUUUUACAUGAAUUCACUUAAAUGAAAGGUGAUUAAAAAUGCAUCUCUGGUUUUCUGCAAAGCCUCAGAUGCCAUGAUUACUGUAUUGUAUCUAAGUGCUAACCUUUAACUGAUAGAUACACUUAUGUAUAAAUUAUAAAGUUUGUAAAUACACAGGUGAUUUGUGGGGAAGAAA